AUGCCGCCCAAAAAGGGAGCCGACAAAAAUGCCAACGCGCCCAAAAAGGUGGCCGUCGACAAGACGUUCGGCAUGAAGAACAAAAAGGGAGGAGCGGCCCAACGCGCAAUCAAGCAGAUCCACAACACAUCCUCGCUCUCACCCGACGAAAAGAAAAAAGAAGCCGAAAAGCAAGCACGCGAAAAGGAAAAGCUGGCCGCCGAGGCCGCAAAGCGAGAAGCCGCCGAACUCUUCAAACCCGUACAGAUUCAAAAGGUGCCCUUUGGUGUCGACCCAAAGACUGUGCUGUGUCAGUUUUUCAAAAAGGGUGCUUGUGACAAGGGUAGAAAGUGCAAGUUUAGUCAUGAUCUGAGUCAGGGUAUCAAGGGAGAAAAGAAGAGUCUGUACACUGAUACGAGGGAGUUGGAAAAGGAGCAGCAGGAUGAGGAGAGGAAGAAGGACGAUAUGGCUGAUUGGGACGAGGAAAAGUUGCGCAAUGUCGUCAUGUCGAAGCAUGGCAAUCCAAAGACGACGACCGACAAGGUGUGCAAGUUCUUCAUCGAGGCUGUCGAGAAUGGCAAGUAUGGUUGGUUCUGGACUUGUCCCAAUGGAGGUGACAAGUGCAUGUACAAGCACAGUCUACCACCAGGCUUCGUCCUCAAGACAAAAGAACAGCGCGCCGCCGAAAAGGCCCUCAUGGACAAAUCUCCCCUCAACACCCUCACCCUCGAAGACUUCCUCGACAGCGAACGCCACAAGCUCACCGGAACCCUAACACCCGUCAACGAAGAAACCUUUUCGAAAUGGAAGAAGGAACGCAUGGACAAAAAGGCCGCCGAGCAAGAAGCUCAAAAGAUGAAGGAAGCCACCGGUCGCGCCUUGUUCGAAAAGGGAGACUGGAAUGAUGGCGACGACAGUGAUGCUGAUGACAACGAUGACAACUGGAACUUGGAAGCCAUGAGAAGAGAAACCGAGGCGGCUAGACAGCGCAAGGAGGAGAUUAGGCUGGAAGGGGAGAGGAAAGAUGGCUGA